AUGAAGCUCAACAUCUCGUACCCUGCCAAUGGGUCUCAAAAAUUGAUUGAGGUCGAGGAUGACCGCAAAUUGCGCGUCUUCAUGGACAAGCGAAUGGGCAAUGAAGUUUCAGCGGAUAGCCUGGGUGAUGAGUGGAAGGGCUACAUCGUUCGCAUUACUGGAGGCAACGACAAGCAAGGCUUUCCGAUGAAGCAGGGUGUUAUGCUGCCCACUCGUGUCAAGCUCCUCCUCUCCGAUGGUCAUUCCUGCUACCGCCCUCGUCGAACUGGUGAACGCAGGCGAAAAUCAGUCCGUGGUUGCAUUGUGGGCCAGGACUUAUCUGUUCUUGCUCUUUCGAUCGUAAAACAAGGCGAAGGUGAUAUUCCAGGCUUGACGGACGUGGUGAACCCCAAGCGUCUUGGUCCAAAGCGCGCCACGAAGAUCCGCAGAUUCUUUGGUCUUGACAAGAAGGAUGAUGUUCGAAAAUUCGUAAUCCGAAGAGAAGUCCAACCCAAAGGCGAAGGCAAGAAGCCAUACACCAAAGCCCCAAAGAUUCAACGACUUGUCACCCCUCAGCGAAUACAGCACAAGCGUCACAGAAUUGCCUUGAAGCGGAGAAGAGCAGAGGCUCAAAAAGACGCGGCGACCGAUCUUCUAGCCAUUCCCAACCAGCGUCUACUGCUCUUUUGCGCUCUUGUGGGGGCGCUGACCACCAUGGUUGCUUAUGACUCCCUUCACGAUGAAGGGACUUCGAUUGGGGGCCCGACAAAGCAGUCCGCAAUGGCGACAAAUUCAAUCAAGUUGCUUACCGGCAACAGUCAUCCACAGUUGGCAAAGGCAGUGGCAGAUCGACUGGGCAUCGAGCUCACCAAGAUCAUGGUUCUACAGUACUCGAAUCAAGAGACCAGUGUGACAAUAGGCGAAUCUGUGCGCGACGAAGAUGUGUUUAUCCUCCAAUCCACCCGCCCCAACGACAUCAACGACGGCCUAAUGGAACUCCUAAUCAUGAUCAACGCCUGCAAAACCGCCUCCGCCCGCCGCAUCACCGCCAUCCUUCCCAACUUCCCCUACGCACGGCAAGACAAAAAGGACAAGUCGCGCGCCCCCAUCACCGCGAAGCUGAUGGCCAACAUGCUACAAACCGCCGGCUGCAACCACAUUAUCACCAUGGAUCUACACGCCUCGCAGAUCCAGGGGUUUUUCAACGUGCCGGUUGAUAAUCUGUAUGCGGAGCCUUCGGCUGUGAAGUGGAUACGGGAGAAUUUGAUUCAUGUUAGCGAAGGUGGUGCGGCUGGGACAAGAGGGCGUGAGGAUAGAAACAAGGAGAAUCAUCUCGGUAGGAACGAUUGCGUGAUCGUUAGUCCAGAUGCUGGAGGUGCGAAGAGAGCGACGAGUAUGGCGGAUCGUCUGGAUCUGCCCUUCGCUCUGAUCCACAAGGAGAGGCAACGACCCAACGAAGUGUCAAGGAUGACGCUGGUCGGUGACGUGAAGGAUAGAACCGCCAUUCUCGUCGACGACAUGGCAGACACGUGCGGCACGUUGGCGAAAGCCGCGGAUACGCUGGUCAAACACGGCGCGAAGGAUGUGGUUGCACUGGUUACGCAUGGGAUCUUGUCUGGAAAGGCGGUGCAGGUCCUCAAGGAGAGCUGUCUCAGCAAGCUGGUGAUUACGAAUACGGUGCCGGUCUCGGAAGAGAAAUUGGAUGCCCUGAGGGUGCCGGAUGGGGAAAAGGGUUGCAGGGUUGAGACUAUCGAUAUUAGUCCUGUGCUGGCGGAAGCAUGUCGGAGGACACACAAUGGGGAGAGCGUGAGUUUCCUGUUCAGUCACACUGUGGUUUGA